UUGAAGUGAAUAGGUGGAUGUCGUUUUCGCCGGCAGUGACGUAGCGAGCCAGUUCAUCCCACGUGACUCAGUACUUCCGGUUCGAGAUUUGGCAAUGCGCAUGUAUCGCGUCUGUGUUCAUCUCGUUCCCUUGUCUCACUAUGGUCGGAUUUUCUGCAUACGGGUGCUCUAACUCGUCUGUCAAGGGACAUAAAAUGUUUCGGGUUCCAUGGGAGAAAGCAAGACGAAUGCGCUGGGCUAUAGCCAUAAACCGAAAAAAAGCCGGCGGCCGUCUGUGGAUGCCUGGUGUAGGCGCGCGCAUCUGUGAGAUGCACUUCGUGACAAGGAUGCGAAGCGAUGAUCCGUCGCAUGUGGAUUACGUGCCAUCAGUGUUCCGACACGAUAGAGAGUCCGAGACCCGGGCUGAACGAAAAGCUAAGCGUUAUGAACGCCACAUGCGCAUAAUGCAUAAGCGAGAAGCUGCAGCUGCUCAGCAGCAUCCCAGGCUCGAUGGGGAAGCCGAAGUAGGGAUUCUGGGCACUGAUUAUGGCAAUACUGCAUGUACCGACGAUACCAGUAUCGACGAUAACAUGGGCGACAUCGCAUUGACUCAGGCUAAAGCUGUCCAGACAGACGCACUCGCCUUGUGUGCAAGUUGUUCCUGCUUGCAAGAAGAGAACGAGGUGACCAUCUCUGUGUGGAUCAAGAAUGCAGGUAAGCAAAUAAGCAGGCAAGUUACAGGUAAGAUCUUGCAAGUAAAUGAUUAGCAGUGAAAUGAUUUGGCUGUACACUGUUUUACUAUGACUUAAAACCCACUAACUAGUCGUGGGAGCACAAUGUCGGUGAAGAAAGCUCUCACACUGCUUUCAUGGCACAUCAUAAACUCUUGGUCGCGCUCAACCUCCACAAGGUGUCCACCACGUUCCACAAAAAGGAAAAAGUAGCAACGCUUGCUGUCCACAAGGUUCAAGUGCAGUUGGGCUUGUACCUGGUAGUAGUAUCUGUGACUUUGCUUUAGGGUUCCAUCCCUUGUUAGGCAAAAAUCCUUUUGGUUCUGUCCAUUUUCAGCGAGUGUUGUUGGGUCAGCGUCUCUCAUUGUGUAUAGGCACUUUACUUCAACCAGUGCUGGUUCGUGGCAGUCGCAGUAGUAUACUCCGUCUGGGCUGCAUCCCAAAUAAGGGUACCUCGGGCUGAUCAUGAGCCCACAAUCUUCUAUCCUUCCAUUGGCAUGAUGCUGUGACAACAGAGCAAAUAGGGAGUCUUUUGCCCUUGCUUCGUUUUCAAUACCAUAAUAAAUGGCAGGACUUGUAAUGUUUUGGGAACAAAAAAUUUUUUGCAGCAGCGAUGACACUUUGACCUGUUUGGAUGCACAUACGUCCUUGAAUACUGAUGCUGCCUUUUCUGUGUGCAAACCAGGCUGGACUCUUCCGCUGUAGUCUCGUGAGUUUUUCUAUUUCUUCCGCAUCUCUUCUUGAUAUUUUAAUAUUGUCUAGCUCGACGCAUAUGUUGAGUGAGCUCAAGGGACUUGUAGGCGAAAUGAUGAAAUCGCCACUGGCCUGAGUCUGCGUGCUUGGUUGCGUAGCGGCUGCUUGGUUGAUAUCAAUGAGUGUGAACAGCCGUGCCUCUGGUGCGACCUAAACGUUGAGGCAGUUAUUAGACCAAAAAUAGGGUGGGCUCAGAAAUUUGGUCACUUACUGUUCGUAUUUGUGACACAAAAGCUUCGAACUUAUCGUCUGGAAAUUCUAUGGUGGAAUCUUCAGUAGCAUUACGAUUUCGUUUUGCUGACCACCAUCGAGGUCGCCUAUAGUCUAGCUGCCGCGCUUGCUGAGGUGGAAUCUAGUUGAGUAAAAAUCACUGUAGGAUGUGCAACCUGUUUAAGUUAAUGUCAAUACCUGUU